AAUUAAUUUCGAAUAAAGAAAUUAAAAUAUUUUUAGUGCAGUUAUAAGAGCAGUCUAAAAAUAUUUGAUUAGCAAACUGGAAAAACAAUUUAAAAUAAAAACUGGGUCGGGUUUCUAGUACAGUUUGAUAUUAACUUAAUAUAUACAGUAUAUAGAAUGAGUCGAGGAAAUUUAAAUACAUCGGAGAUAAUUAUGUGAAUUCUUUGUAAUACUACCACUACAUUUUUACAUCAUUGAUGAGGAUGCAGUUGCAUUUUAAAAAUUGUCUUUCUUUUAAUAUGAAUAGGUUAUAUGUACUUUUAUGAAGGAGUAACAUUCUAUCCUCUUCGAUAGUAGACUUGUUAUAUAAACGACAACUCGAAAAACCUGAUUUUUGAUUAAAGUUGGAAGAUCUGUCGAAUUAACUUAGCCUAAUCAUCCUCUGAUAAUUUCGCAGAUUGUCUGGUGUAGAUUUAUUAUUAAUAAUUGUAUUUGGAGUUUGUCGGAACCUAUCUAGCUUGUCGUUGGUGAAAACCACUGGCCUUCUCUGGAGAAUGUAUUUUGUGUUUUGGGGCAUUUGCAUCCUUUACAGACUGGCAGGAGAGACUCAAAAGUGUGCAAUUGUUAAAAGGAAUAAACCAAUGAAACUUAUCUAGUCACAUCUCAGGUGUACUAGAUUCAAAAUUGUACUUACAAUCGGUUAUUUUUAUAACUCGAGAAUGAUACUGGUCUGGAUAUGAAAUUAACGUGACAAAUAUUAUCUUUAAACAUGAAUUUAUUGUACGGGUGGUACUCUUAUGUUUUUUCAAGGUGCUACCCGAAUAAUAUAGAAAUUAAUUAAUUAAGCAGAAGUAUUUGUCCGAUAUAAUAAUCUUUUAACCGAUUAUGAGCUGGAUAACUACCAAAUUUUAUUGGCCUUAGUCCAUCUUUGCAUGACUUAAAAGUUACGUAAUCUGUUACGUUUGAGUCAAAAAUAAAAUAAUUACGAAAGUAGAAUUUUUAUAAUUUAAUAAUUAUAAGAAAUCAAUCAAAAUAUUAGAAGUCACUUAUAAAUUUAAACUGUGUCAAUGAAUUAUCAUUUGAAAGUUUGUCAUUUAUUUCUUUCUCUUUAUUAGAGCCAGUGUUAGACACAUCUGGCAGUUAGAUUGUUAAAUAUGUUAAUGUUAUAAAGGUAGUGUUACGGCACCCUCUGAAUAAGCAUUGGAUAUUUUUCUGUAUUAACUGUACGGACUGUACUGCCGUACAUAUUUACAAUUGAAUCUGUAUGGUCACUUUUGGCCGAAUCAAACUGUUCCAAGGAACGUAUUAAGUGCUUUAAUGUGCAUCUAAUGAUUAACAUAGCCAAAAAAAUAGACUGAUAAUUUGGUGGAUCGUUUGGUGCUAAUGCACUUGUUUUAGUUUCAUCAUAAUUACAGAAAUAACAUUUCUUUUUUCUUUUGUGCUGUGUAGUAGAAUUUAAUAUAACACUUAGAAUUUUAGAAAAUUAUUUUCGGUUAAAGUAUGAGUUAUAUGUCUUUAUUGUAUGUUGGUAAAAUUUUUGGCACUAUUAUAACAUUACUAAGCACACUUUUUAAAAAUUUCAGCUAACAAUUAUCAAGAAGAAGCCUGCCAGAAUGUAUUCAGGCAGAUGGAGCGAUGCUGUAACAAGUGGAAGGACCAGUCUGCGACGUGUUCGGGUUUCAAGUACAGAAAAGUAACCGGGGAUCCCGCUCCGGUCGGGCACAUGAAGCACGCGGUGACGACAUAGUGCUGGACGCCGUUCCGUAGACUAAUGAACUGGGUGAAGAUGCAUCAGAACUUAUUGUGGCAGUUUACAGAUUUUUUGAUGGAUGGCCUGCUCGGUGGGAAAAUUAUGAAGCUGUGCAAGAAAAGCUCAAGUUGUCUAAGCAUAGAUUUAUAAAACAUUCAACAACACGUUGGCUGACAUUCCAUGAUGCAGCAUCAAGGUUAAUUGAGCAGUGGGAGGGCAUAACUUACUACUUCCUAAAGUAUAUUCCUUCAAGUAAACAAAGCAUAAUGUCAAGUGUUUUGUACAGAAGUAUAUCUUGUUUGUUGAAGAUUCCUUCCAUGAAAGCAGAAGUACUACAAGGCAUUUCAAGUGCAGAAAUUUUCACAAAAUAUACAUCAUUUUUUCAAAGAGAAGAACCUCUAAUACAUCUCCUGUACAGCAAGCUGUGGGACUUGCUUCUAAAGCUAGUUACUAGAAUUUUGAAAGUAGAUAUUUUGAAGCUUGUCAUUCAGUCUAAGUCUGCUAUGCCUGAUAGUAAUGUAUUAAAUCCAAAGAAAUUAUUUGACAAGACAAAUCUUUUGCCAUUAGAGGAAAUUAUUUGCAGUGCUGAGGUUUCUAAUGAGUUGAGUAAAUUAUCUCAAAAAGAUCAAUUGCAUUUUCGCAGUUGCUUACAGAAACACUAUGUUGUGGCUUCCAUAUAUAUGAUAGAAAAAGCUCCAAUUCAAUGCAAACUGUUGAAAUCAUUGACAUGUCUUCAACCAAGUAAUAUUAGUGAAAAAAGCACUUAUAAGGACAUUGUAAGCAUUGCAAGAGCUCUUCCAUGUGACAUUGCUGAGGAUACUUUGCAGGAUGAGUGGCGUCUACUUCAAUUUGAGCGAGUUGAGAGUGAUUUGACAGACUCAACAGAUGUGAGAAUUGAUUCUUAUUGGAGUCAGUAUUUUAAAUUGGUUGACUCCCUUGGGAAUGCAAGAUAUCCCAGUGUAACCAAAUUGGUGAAAUCAGCAUUGACUCUCUCUCAUGGCAAUGCUGAUGUGAAACGGGGAUUUUCGAUUUCACACCGAGCACUUCCUCCUCAUAGAGCAUCAAUGUCAGAAAGAAUGCUUAAUUCACUUUUGAUUGUUAAGGAGGGACUAAACAUGCAUGACCAAAGCCCACACCUUGUACCUAUUACAAAGGAUUUACUGAAAUUAGCUGCCUCAGCACAUAGAAAUUAUCAAGAUCAAUUGGAAAAUGAAAAGAAGUUAAAAGAAAAAGAGAAACAGAAAAAAAGAGCAGAAGAGGAAGCACAGAAAAAUUUUGAAGAACAUCAAAAGAGAGCUAUUCAUGUCAAGGAAAAGAUUAUGGCACUGCAGCAGAGUUUAAAACAGAAAAAAGUAGAAGAAAGUGAAAUACAUGAGACAGGCCAGGUUUUGUUAGAAGCAGCAAAGAAAAAACUGGAGAAGGCCAUUAAUAGCAAGAAUAUGAAUGAAAUACGGGCAGCACAUGUCAUGCUUGUUAAUGUUAAAAGUGUUCAAAAGCAAGAGGAAGCAAAAAAGAAGGAAGCUGAAAACAUCCAGAAAAAUUUUAAUAAAAGAACAUCAUCUUUCAUGACUGAUUAUUUACAGAAGCCAAAGACUUAUUAAGUAUUCAUGGUUUACUGGAAAUAUUACAGUAUAUACAAAAAGUUUUAAAAUGUA